AUGAAGAAAUCUCUUGGUGGUGCAGCUAAGGCUAGGGAGAGGAAGAAAUUAAAACUGGAACAAGUUGCUCAUAAUUGUUCACAAAACAUUUCUAGCAUGUUUAAUGCUAUAACAAAAAAAUCUUCAAAACUUGAACCAGUUGAACCUCAGGGUAGUAAGUUUACACAACCUAGUCCUAAUAGCCAAUUGCAGCCAGAUGAAGAUCAUCAAGAAUAUUUAGUUGAUGAUCCUAACCCUGUUCAAUUACCUUCAAGUAUUCUACAAGGACCUGAAAACCCCAAAGACAUAUCAUUAACUAAAAGUGAUAAACUAGUACAGCCUGAAAUGAUAUUUCCUGCCAUCAAUGGUCGAAGGUUUUCUUGUAAAUUCUAUGAAAAGUACAAUUGGAUAGAGUAUUCAGUAUCAAAUGAUGCGUUAUUUUGUUUCCCAUGUCGUCACUUUGCUGCUAACCUGUCAGCAUCUGGACAAACUACAGCUCAAAAAUGUUUUGUCAACUAUGGUUCUAAAUGCAAAAACUGGAAAGAAAUAACGAAAUGUUUAGCUAAGCAUAGCAGGUAUGAAAGGCAUAUUAUUUCUACACAGCGUUGGUGUGAUUAUCAAUUAGUUCAAACAAAUAGUAAUCAUUCGGUAGCAAACCAAUUAAUUAAUUUUAGACAACAAAACAUUAAUGAAAAUAGAAAUCAUGUCCACUUUUUACUGAAGGCAGCACUUUAUUUAUCUAAACAAGGUUUAGCCUUUCGUGGCCACAUUGAGUCUGUAUCAUCAAAAAAUAAAGGCAAUUUUAUUGAAAUAUUAGAAAUGUUUGUAAGUGAUGAGAUGAAGUUACGGUUACAGUCCCGGUAUGGUCACUAUACUAGUCCAUCAUAUCAAAAUGAUUUUAUUCAAAUUAUUGCUACAUUAACAAGACAACAUAUACUAGGUUCAAUUAAUAAAUUUGGUUUUUACACUAUUAUGGUUGAUGAAACAAAGGAUUUAUCCAAAAAAGAACAAAUGAGUUUUUUGUUAAGAUUUGUGGAUAAUGACUUUAACAUUUGUGAAAAAUCAAUUGGGUGCUAUCACAUGAAAAAUUCAAAUGCUGAGAGUUUAGCAAAUGAAAUAUUUAAAAUACUAUCAACAAAUAAACUAGACAAAAUGAAUUGUAUUGGCCAAUGUUAUGAUGGUGCUUCCGUGAUGAGUGGGGAAUUUUCAGGGGUUCAAGAAAGAAUACGUUCAGAAGUUCCUCAUGCCAUAUAUAUUCACUGUUAUGCCCAUCGAUUGAACUUAUGUUUAGUUCAAACACUUCAAAAUAUACCUUAUAUUAAAAGAUUGAUAGACACAAGAUGGGCGUAUUGGUACACAUCAAUUAAAAAAAUUAAUAUGCGUUUUUCUGAAUUGUUAGAAGUUCUUUCAGUUCUGAGUAAUGAAGGUGAUCAAACUGCAAGAGCUAUUGGAAUUUUAAAUGAAAUGUCUACUUUACCCUUCAUAUUAACCUCACUCUCCAUGGAAGCUCUUUUACAAACAGUCCAUUGUGCCUCUCUAGGACUCCAAAAUUCCAAUGUGAUACAAUCCGUGGCAGUUAAUUUAAUAAAUAGUACAAAAGAGUCUAUUAAACAAAUGCACAAUGAUACUUUUUGGGAAAAUAUUAAUAACUCAGCAAAAUUAAUUGCUGAAAAAAAUGGAAUAGCUAUAGAAAAUAGUAGAAGAAAUCGAAGACCACUGACUUUGAAUAAAAAUCUUAAUGACUUUUUUGUGCAAUCAACAAUAGGACAUAAUUCUAAACGGUGCAUUGAUACUGAUGAAAAUUUACAAUCAAACAAUCCAAAAUAUUUGUUUUAUACUGCAAUUGACAGAUUUGUAAAUGAGUUGAGUCAACGCUUCAGUGACUGUAAUAAUGCUAUUGUUUUAACUUGUUCCGUUUUUCUUUCCUCUAGUCCUAAUUACUUUAAUCACAAUUGUUCUUUUUUAAAUACCUUCCUUAAACACUAUCAACAUUUUAACAUUAAUAGCCUCUUGCUUGAAUCUGAAUUUCAAUCUGCUAAAGCCCUUAUACAAAAUUCUAAUACAAACCAAAAAACUUUAAAAAUCAUAACUAUCCUCUUAACUUUACCCGUUUCAACUGCUUCAAAUGAACGUUUCUUUUCUUCGCUUAAGCUUGUUAAAACGCAUUUAAGAUUGACAAUGGGCGAUGAACGACUGAGUGAUUUAUUAGUGAUAGCCGUGGAGAAGGAAACAGCUUCACUGAUAAAUUUAAAUCAAGCUGUUGAUAUGUUUGGAGCUAUGAAAACAAGAAGAUAUCCUGUCACUGCCUAG